CAAAUUACAACGAUUCGAUCGUUUCUUGUGAAAAGGUCCUAAAUGUUCCAAUGACAGCGACUAACAUAUAAAGCGCGAAUAAUUGAGUGUUAUUUUUUCAUGGCGCGAUACAACAAAGGUCCGACGAAAAUGAAAAGAUUUUUCUACAUUAACUUUUUGCACUCGAGAGGUGACUCUCACUCACCACAUGAUUUAAUGCCGCAACUCGAGUGGUGACUCUCGCUCACUACUUUGUUUGAUGCGGCAAUUCGACAUACGGCGAGAACUGUUUAUGUUUUCUUUCUUUCAUGUGGGUUCCUAAACUCUUCCUGUAUAAUGUUACGAAGAUAACAUAAUUUCCAUUUCCCAAUGGAAGUAAUGUUUUCUUAUCUGAAAUUAGUGUGCAAUCCUGAACCGGACUCUAUUUUCGGUCUUAGUUCGAACUUGAAAACCAUGGCAAAAGGAUUAUAAAAGUUGAAGUUUCUGAUGCUCAUAAGCAUGGAACUUAGUAAUGAAAUAAGCUCAAGUGAAGAUGAAUUUGAAGUAACGUUGCUUAACGAGGAAAUUACAUCUAUACAUAGAGAGCUUGACGAUAAAGAGAACACGAGCAGUGAUGAUGAUGAUAGUAAUGAAGUAAGUGGUGUAAGAAGACGAAAGAUCAGAAUAAUAAACAGUGAAUGUGACAGCGAUAGUGAUACUGCAGAAGAUCCACAAUCGGACAGUUCUGAAUGGAUUAGUUGUACAGAAUCCGAAGAAAUACCCUCGAGAAUACCGUUCAUAGCCGGCGACACUCCUGCUGGACCGCACAUACUCCUAGACAAGAAAGAACCGUUGGAUUUUUUCAAACUAUUUUUUACUAAUGAACUCGUGAAUGAAAUAGUUACUGAAACAAAUAACUACGCUAGAAAAAAGUUAGAGAACAAGACGCCAUCACAGUACUCAAUAUGGCGAGCUUGGCACAGUGUAACUAUCGAAGAAAUGUGGGCAUUUAUUGGAGUCAUAAUAAAUAUGGGGACAAUGCCGUUGGCGAAUUUGCAAGAGUAUUGGUCACGGAAUGAUAUAAGUUAUAUUCCUUUUUAUUCAAAUAAAUUUACCAGAGACAGAUUCAAUCAGAUUUUUUGGAUGCUUCAUCUAAAAACAAUCCCAACACGAGAUACUGGUCCAAGAACACGUUUACAACUAAUAAGCUGCUUUCUUGAAUACAUAAAUUCUAAAUUUUUAGAGUAUUUUUCACCGGGAAAAGAAAUUUGUGUGGAUGAGUCAAUUAUCAAAUUCAAAGGUCGGAUUUCCUUUAUCACUUAUAAUCCGAAAAAACCAACCAAAUGGUGUGUUAGAGUUUACACAAUGACAGACUCAAAUACUGGGUAUAUCUGUGGUAUUCUUCCUUAUUAUGGAAGUUUUACAACGGAGAAAUUGAUAAGGCCCGAUCUUCCAAUAUCAGCAAGAAUACCGCUGCACCUUUAUACGAUGCUGCUGAAGAAAAUACCUGGUACUCAAGGACACCAUAUGUUCACCGAUCGGUAUUACACCAGUUUUAUCUUGGCUGAAGAAUUAUUCAAACUGAAAUGCCACUUGACAGGAACAAUCUUAACGAAUAGGAAGAAUUUGCCAAAUCAAAUAAAAAAAACAAAAUUCCGCAAGAAAUCGACAGUAGCAUACCGCAAAAGAAAUACUUUAGUUUUAGCAUGGAAGGACAAGAAGGUUGUCACAUGCUUGACCAAUUGGAGUAAUGCAGGAAUGAGUACUGUAAAAAGGAUUUUACGAGAUGGUAUUGAAAUUAACGUCAAAAAGCCUAAUGUUGUAAUAAAUUAUAUAAAAUAUAUGGGCGGUGUCGAUCGUACAGAUCAAUAUGCUUCAACAUACUGUUUCUUAAGAAAAUCCUUGAAAUGGUGGCGUAAACUAUUUUUUUGGGGUCUGGAAAUUUGUGCAAUUAAUUCAUAUAUUCUUUAUAAAAUCACUGAAGAACAGAGAAGACAACGGCCGCUUAAACACUUGCCGUAUGUGAAAACCUUAGUUCAACAAUUAACUGGAGAUUUUCAUCAAAUACGUGAUCGAGCUUCAAUUUCAACCUCCAAUUCCGAAAAGAUCCGCCUGAAUGGAAAGUUGCAUAACAUUCUAACAGGAGUUAGGAAAGAUUGUAAAGUCUGCUCUCAAAGAAAUAAACUCGGCAAAAGACAUCAAACAACAUAUUAUUGUGAUACUUGUCCCGAAAAGCCGGGCAUCCAUCUCGGCAAUUGUUAUAUGAAAUAUCAUACAAAACAAAAUUACAAAAACUAAUAUUUUAGAAAUUAUCUUCGUAAAGGUCUAAAGAUAUAUAAAAUGUUAAAAUAUAAAAGUUUUAUAGGAUAAUUUGUGUGUGUAAUUAUUUCAAGUUAGAGGUAAAAAAUUCACCAAAAGUGCUACAAAACAUCUCGAGUUGCUGAUUCGUCCGCGCGAAAAUGACGCCGAUUGCAAAGGGUUAAUAUCAAAGAACUCUAAGCUACCACGGUUUACUAUAAUCGCUCGUCACGAAAUCUUUCUUGCUUGGCAGCGUCGAUCAAAGUCAAACUGUGAAUUAUCAAAAUUUUUGUAGAAAUAUUAGGUUGGAAACUAUGAAACGGGCGUUUUUUGUUUAGUCUGUGUUCAGUUGCGACUGAGAGAGAUACAUUGUAACGUGCGCUCGAUAUUUUAAUUUAUAAAGCUUAAAGAUAUUCUUUUUACUCAUUUUGUAAAAUUUUUUCGUGUUUGUAUCCCAUUUUUAUUUUAUUUUUAUCCUAAAUCAGAUGGAAACAAAACGCGAUUUACAUCUACUCUUUUUGUACGAGUUUAAAUUAAAUCAUACCGCAGCUCAAGUUUCAAGAAAUAUUAAUCAGGCAUUCGGAGAUGGAUCCACCAAUGAAAAAAUGCUCGAUAUUGGUUCCAAAAAUUUUGUUCUGGCAAUUUGACUAUCGUCAAUGAGCCUCGAGGAAGAUCACCGGCUCAUAUUGAUAACGAGGAAUUAAGGACUGUGGAAUCCGAUUCACACACAACUAGUCAAACACUUGGAUCUAAACUGGGAACUAGUCAUACAACUGUGUUAAAACAUUUGCGUGCAAUACAUAAAGUCAAAAAAUUGGACUCAUGUGCCGCACGAAUUGACGCAACUGCAGAUGAUCGAACGCAAAAGCAAGUGCGCAUCUUUGUUGCUUCGCAAUAUACGAUUGCCAUUUUUACACCAAAUCAUCACUUGUAAUGAAAAGUGGAUUUUGUAUGAUAAUUGAAAACGAUCAAGCCAAUGGGUAGAUAAGAAUACACCCCCAGGAUACAUCCCGAAACCGAGAUUUUAUCAAAAAAAAAUUAUGGUUAACACCAAUUAUGGUGGAAUGCCCAAGGAGUGAUCCAUUAUUCCCUUCUACAACCAGGCGAAACUAUAACAGCGAUGUCUUAUUGAUAUCAUACAUGAGAAACUUAUGAAAAAACAAUCAGCAUUGUUUAAUCGGCACGGCGCAAUAUUACUGCAUGAUAACGCACGAUCACGUAAAACUUCAAUUACUGUUGACAAAUUAACUUCUCUACAAUAUGAAAUUUUACCACAUCCUUCAUAUUCACCCGAUAUUUAAGCUUUAUAAAUUAAAAUAUCGAGCGUUACAAUGUAUGUCUUUCAGUCGCAGCUGAAUACAGACUAAACAAAAAACGCCCGUUUCAUAGUUUCCAACCUAAUAUCUCU